CAGGUGGUGAGACGUCACAUCUUACGGUCCAUUGUGCAGAGUGAGGGGAGCUAUGUGGAGUCCCUGAAACGGAUCCUUCAGGAUUACAGAAAUCCAUUAAUGGAGAUGGAGCCCAAGGUGCUGAGUGCCCGCAAGUGCCAGGUGGUCUUCUUUCGCCUUAAGGAAAUUCUGCAGUGCCACUCCAUGUUUCAGAUUGCCCUAUCGUCCCGAGUAGCUGAGUGGGACGCGACAGAGAAAAUUGGAGACCUCUUUGUGGCUUCGUUCUCCAAGUCCAUGGUCUUAGAUGUGUACAGUGAUUAUGUCAACAACUUCACCACUGCCAUGUCCAUCAUCAAGAAAGCCUGUUUGACCAAGCCAGCAUUCCUGGAGUUCCUCAAGAGGCGGCAGGUGAGCAGCUCGGAUCGAGUCACUCUCUAUGGGCUGAUGGUGAAGCCUAUCCAGAGGUUUCCACAGUUCAUCCUUCUGCUUCAGGACAUGCUGAAGAACACCUCCAAAGGUCACCCAGACAGGCUGUCCCUCCAAUUGGCCCUCACAGAGCUGGAGACGCUGGCUGAGAAACUGAAUGAGCAGAAGCGGCUGGCUGACCAGCUGGCCGAGAUCCAGCAGCUGACCAAGAGCGUGAGUGACCGGAGCAGCCUCAACAAGCUGCUGACGUCGGGCCAGCGGCAGCUAUUGCUAUGCGAGACCCUGACGGAGACAGUGUAUGGGGACCGUGGGCAGCUUAUCAAGUCCAAGGAGCGCAAGGUUUUCCUGCUCAAUGACAUGCUGGUGUGUGCCAACAUCAACUUCAAGCCUGUCAACCACAGGGGACAGCUGGAGAUCAGCAGCCUGGUCCCCCUGGGCCCUAAAUACGUGGUGAAAUGGAACACAGCCCUACCCCAGGUACAGGUGGCGGAAGUGGGCCAGGAAGGUGGCACCUAUGAUAAGGACAAUGUCGUCAUUCAGAAUGCUGGAGCCAAAAAGUCUUCUCCCGCCAGCCAGGCCCACAACAAGGUGUACCUUGGGCCCCCUCGCCUCUUCCAGGAGCUACAGGAUUUGCAGAAGGACCUAGCGGUGGUUGAGCAGAUCACCCUGCUCAUCAGCACCCUCCAUGGCACCUAUCAGAAUUUGAACAUGACAGUGGCUCAAGAUUGGUGCCUUGCCCUACAAAGGCUGAUGCGGGUGAAGGAAGAGGAAAUCCACUCUGCUAAUAAGUGUCGUCUCCGUCUCCUGCUCCCUGGAAAGCCAGACAAGUCUGGCCGGCCCAUCAGCUUCAUGGUGGUUUUUAUCACACCCAACCCCCUGAGCAAGAUCUCCUGGGUGAACCGUCUGCACUUGGCCAAAAUUGGGCUCCGGGAAGAGAAUCAGCCUGGCUGGAAAAGCCCUGAUGAGGACAAGAAGAGCAAAGCCCCCUUCUGGUGCCCAAUUUUGGCCUGUUGCAUCCCUGCCUUUUCCUCUCGCACCCUCAGCCUUCAGCUCAGGUCCCUGAUCCACAGUCCAGUUCACUCCCCUCUCCUAGGCUUCUCCGCUGUCAGCACAUCCCUCCCUCAGGGCUACCUCUGGGUUGCCGGUGGACAGGAUGGUGCUGGUGGUCAGGUGGAGAUCUUCUCACUGAACCGGCCCACGCCUAGAAUGGUCAAGUCCUUCCCUGUGGCCUCCCCAGUGCUCUGCAUGGAAUACAUUCCGGAGAAGAAUGAGGAGGAUGAGGACCGAGAAUCAGGCGGGGCAGCCCCUGACCCCUCAUCUGUGGUACAUCCAACCAUCUGCCUCGGGCUUCAGGAUGGGAGCAUCCUUGUGUAUGGCAGUGUGGACACGGGGACCCAGUGCUUGGUUACCUGCAAGAGUCCAGGUCUGCAGCCUGUCCUGUGCCUCUGCUACAGCCCCCACUACCUCUUUGCUGGCCUGCAGGAUGGGACCGUUGCUGCCUACCCCCAGAGCAGCGGGGGCCUGUGGGAGAUGGAGAGUCCACCAACCUGCUUGAGUGUGGGCCCUGGCCCCAUUCGUACCCUGCUGAGCCUGGAGGAUGCUGUGUGGGCCAGUUGUGGGCACCAGGUCACUGUGUUGGACGCUACCACUUUGCAGACUCAGCAAAGCUUUGAGGCGCACCAGGAUGAGGCAGCCAGCGUGACGCAUAUGGUGAAGGCGGGCAGUGGGGUUUGGAUGGCCUUUUCCUUGGGAGCUUCCAUUCGCCUCUUCCACACGGAGACUCUUGAGCACCUCCAGGAAAUCAACAUUGCCACACGGACCACCUUCCUCAUGCCAGGCCAGAAGCACGUCUGUGUGACCAGCCUGCUCAUCUGCCAGGGCCAGCUCUGGGUGGGCACUGACCAGGGCAUCAUCGUGUUGCUGCCUGUUCCCCGACUGGAGGGUAUCCCCAAGAUCACAGGAAAAGGCAUGGUCUCCCUCAAUGGUCAUUGUGGGCCAGUGGACUUCCUAGCUGUGGCCACCAGCACCCUGGCUCCAGACAUCCUGAGGAGUGACCAGGAUGAGGCAGAGGAGGAGAAAGGUGAGGGUCCAUCCCACGAGCCUCCGCCUGCACCUGAUAGCCACCUGGCCCACGAGCUGGUCCAUAAAAAGGGCAUCCUCCUUCAGUACCGCCUGCGCUCCACAGCACACCUGCCAGGACCCCUCCUCUCAAUGCACGACCCCCCAGACCCCGAUGGGACAGCCCUGGCCCACAGCGAGGAAGAUGGCUCUAUCUACGAAAUGGCUGAUGACCCCGAUGUCUGGGUCCGCAGCCGGCCCUGUGCCCGGGAUGCUCACCGUAAGGAGAUCUCCUCGGUCGCCAUCAUCUCCGGAGGACAGGGCUACCGCAAUUUUGGUGGUGGUGGAAGGCCAGCCUUGGGCAGCGAGACAGACAGCACCCUGCUCAUCUGGCAGGUUCCCUUGAUGAUCUAGCCCACCCUCCCUCCACCAACUUCACUCACUCCUGCUUGUCUCCCACAGUGCCUUGCACUGCUCUGGGAUUGGCACCAUGCCACCCUGGCCUGCCUGGGCAUUGAUUUCCCAUGGUGCCCCUUCCUCUAAUUUUCUGUCAGUCUAGGGUCAAACUGGGACGGAAAGGAAGUGACUUCUUCACGUGCCAGCCGCUUUGUAGGGUGAAAUAGGGCUUGAGGAGCUCUCUUGACAGAAGGGGGAGAAAACUGUUUUUAAAACAAAGCAAAAAAACUUUCAAAGGGUGUUUUUUUUUUUUAGUUUGGGGUUCUAGGUAUGGGAGGGAAUCUUUGGAGAAAAUGGUCUUUUAAAAUAAAUAUAUAUACGUUUUAUAUAUAUAUGUGUAUAUAUAUAUGCGUGUAUAUAUAUACAUAUCUGAACAUCAUAACUGCCAAUCAAAGUACUGUCCUCACGGGCUCAAGGGCAGGAUUAGAUUUUACAAAGCUCACCUCUCUAAAGAUGUGUGCUUGUGCAAGAAGAUGUGUGCGUGUACAUGUACGUGUGCGUGUGUGUGUCUAUGCGUGUGUGUAUGUGUGUGUGAGAGAGAGAUUGAUGCGUGCCUCUGUAUAAAUAAAUAAGUAUAUAUAGUGUAUAUUAUUUAUGUAUAAAUAAAGUCUGUAUAUAUUGGUGCAUUGGGAGAGACAAUAAUAAAGGCAUGGUUGAUGUCUGUA